GCGGGAGAAGACUGCCGCUUCCGCGUCCGCGCAGCACAGACGACGCUGGGGCAAAAUGGACGAUAAGUUAAUAUUGGCUGUAUUUAAUUACCCGGAGCUUUACAACGUUACACUGCCGAAUUACCGCUGCACGGAAAGUCGGACAAAUGCCUGGAGAAGCAUCAGCAUGGAGCUGGGACUUCCGACUGAGGAGUGCAAAAGAAGAUGGAAGAACAUGAGAGACAGGUACCUGAAGGAGGUCCGAAUGGAGCUUAAAAGCAAGAAGCAGGGAGAAAACAUUCAAAGCAAAUGGAAAUACAGACAACUUAUGAACUUCAUCGCGCCGUUCACUGGGUCACGAAGUGGACUGCAGGACAUCUCUGCCAACAAUGAUGAGGACCACGACAACCCUGAAGACUCUAGCAACGUGGAUGGAGAAACCGCUUUGUCAGAGGCAAUCAAAACACCACAGAGUGCUGUAAAGGUCCCCGCGAGUCUGCCCGACCUCAAACCACAGGUGACAUUUGUAACGCAGCUUCCUCCAGCGACUCAGGACACACAGGUGGCUCAGCUGGCCGUUCUGGCCAAGAUACCAUCACCCCCACAGGUCUCACCUGUCACUGGCGUUACGGGACAGAAACGGAAACCGGCCCAAGAGCCGCCGUCUGCACCUUCCUCCCAAAGUAUGCCCAUGCCAACAAAAUGGUUGGUCAAAGACAAUGUCCCCUCUUUUCCCACUAAGCCGCGGGACGAGGAUGAACUGUUCCUGCUGAGCUUUGUUCCCGCUCUGAAGAGACUCGCUCCACAGAAGAGGUGCGAGACGAAAAUAAAGAUCCAGCAGAUUAUGUACGAGGCAGAGUUCAACGUUACACAUUCAGAGUCUCAAGAAAAGAAGGUGGAGACAGAAACACAGCACUGAUUACA